AAGAGCUCGUUUAGUGAGAGAACAUGUGAGCCGUUCUAAACAAAAACUGUACCCCUGAAUUUAUGUAGAUGAACAACAGAAAACAUUCUUUCAGAUUAAUAAAUCAUUACAAAUUGAUUCCCAAGUAUGGGUUUACCAAUGAAUUUUAAGGCAAAAUGAAUCAUUUAUAUUGUAAUUGAGAAGAAUUUGGAAAUGUCAUUAAAAUAUUUUUGUUUUAUGAGGAGUUUUUGUCUUAUACAGUUCAGAUCACGUCACACUUUUAGCUGGAAUCAGAAAUAUUUGUUUUCUCAAACUAACAUGAAGCCAAAAGUUCUAGUCACAUCACCUACAAUUCCAAAAAUUGGAACCGAUCUUCUACAAGAAAAAUGUGAAGUUAUCACUUGUGCUGGCAAACCUCCAACCCGCCAAGAAAUAUUGGAAAUGGUGAAAGGUGUCCAUGGAAUUUUAUGGUGCUCAACACAUCGACUUGAUGAGGAGGUUGUCAAUGUUGCUGGCCCGCAACUGAAAGUGGCAAGUACUCUGUCGGUUGGGUACGACCACAUCGACGCGAGUCUACUGAAGCGUCGCAACAUCAAGCUGGGCAACACGGCAGGCGUGGCCGAUGACUCGGUGGCCGAGGUGGCGGUGGGACUCUGUCUGAUGGCGGCACACCGGCUGGCCGAAGGGAGGGACUUUGCGCGGGCCAGUCGCAUGGUUCACGGCAACGUCGACGCCAGCUGGCUUCUCGGUCACGAGCUGCGUGACGCCACGGUCGGCGUCGUCGGUCUCGGCCGGAUCGGAACCGAAGUUGCCAGGCGGUUGAAGGCGUUCAAAGUAUGCGACAUUAUUUAUGCGGGCAACCAGGAAAAACAAGAAGGACGAGAUCUGGGAGCAACAUUCGUACCACUUGGAGAGUUGGCCGAAAGAAGCGAUUUUAUUGUUGUGUCAUGCCUACUCAACGAUAAGACAAGACAUCUGAUUAACAGACAUUUCUUCGAGAAGACCAAAUGCUCAGCUAUUCUAGUCAAUGUAGCUAGAGGAGAGGUAAUCGACCAAGACGCGCUAAUAGAGGCACUGAAUUGUGGUAAAAUCUGGGGAGCUGGACUUGAUGUAACAACACCAGAACCUCUACCUCAAGGGCAUCCCCUUCUGUCGGCUCCAAGAUGUGUUAUAACAGCUCAUCAAGGAAACGCAACAAUCAGGACUCGGGGUGAAAUGGCCAUUUUGACAGCCAGAAACAUACUAGCUGCAUUGUUCGAUGAAGAAAUGCCAUCACGAGUUGUUUGACCGAAAAUAAUAAAUUAUUGAAACCAUGAUAGGACUGAGCCAAAGAGAACACGAGGAUGGAUACGACUGACAUUAGAAAGCCAAUGAACAUUCAUUUAUUAGCUACAUUGAACAUAGUCAUUUAGUUACCACAAAUAACAAUAUCAUUGUUUGUGUUCGUAAUAUGGAAGCGUUGUAAAUGCAAUAUCGCAUUUGUGGUCAUCUCAUUUACUGCCUCGCACCAACAUCACCCAAUUAAAGUAAUAAAAAAUUAUUGAAA